UCCUUCUGGCUUCAGUUGUUUGUGUGGUUUUUGUGUACUACAGUUGUGUUUUGCUUUUUAAUCAUUUCAAAAUAAUAAUUCUUGAAUGUUGAAUCGGAAGUAUUCUUCAGUUGAUUGUUUAGCUGCCGGUAUUAGAUAAUUUUGUUUCCUUCAAACGUCAUUUAACUACUUUUACUCUGAGAGUCAUACACCAUGUCAAACGAUGGGAAUUUUUGUCAAGGGUUCAACUCUAUAGAACGUGAUCGUGAUUUUUUUGCUCCAGAAGAAUUAUUUGUACCAGACUCGGCGUUAGAUGAUUCCUCGUCAGCUCAUCAAAUAAAGAAACUGGAUAGUGGAGUGGAAGCUGCUCAUAUUGAUUUGGAAGAUAAAAAUACUUACGCCCAUGUCCAACUCAUUCCAAGUUUGGAAGACAUGGCCACUCUUGCGGCAACUUUAGAAACGUUGCAUUAUUACUACUCUGAAAACUUCUACGAUUAUCUUGCAGAUGUAAACAAAGUAAUCGAUAACUUGAUGGUACCAGACCACAUCAGAGAAAAAAUGACAGCACUUUGCGCUGAGAUGAAAAAAGAACUGUGCUCUCUAAGAUUCGGUGCCGGCUCGCGCGGGCUUGACAGACCUAUCCUGAGAUUGCGGGAUGUGUACGAUAACGAUUCGUAUUUUUAUGUCUACGGAUUGGUUUGGGACUCAAAUGGUCACAUUGACGACAAAAAAACAAUAGAGAAAGCUUUAUCGUAUUCGGGACGAUCGAAUAAUAAUGGCGAUUCCAUAUUCCAAAUAAUCACUAAAUACUGCUUAGUGAAUCAUAUAAUGAAUUUUCCUCUGGAUUCUUUGAGUAAAGAGUUCAUUUCUAGAUCUAUGGAAGGAGACCAACUAACCAGGUAUUGGAUAACAUAUAAAAAGAUUACUCUCGGUAUACUACACGUUGCAAGCUAUGAAUCUGCUUUGAUUGGCCUACUUAACUCGUUGAGACCGUUUUGCGGCAACAAAUAUCAAUGGUCUGCCUACGAAUACUUCUGGGAUUUUAUGAAUGAAAACGGUCAAACGGAAAUAGCCAUGAGUUUAAUUCGAGACGAGAAUUACAAAAGAUACCAGAAGGUUUUAUUCUCAAUGUUGAAUAAAAAUCAGCUCAAGCGGUUGUAUUCUGUAGCACCUCUUAUCAUUAUCGUCAACUUUGUGUGUUUGGGAGAGUUGGAGCUAGCGAAGGCGGUCUGGGAUCGUAUCAAAUUGACAAUUCAAUGUGAGGAAUACGAAGUUCUACUCGAAGAAAUCUGGAAGAAGGAAAUACCAGAUGAAGAAAGCUGUAUGCAAUUUUCAAUUUAUUCGUGGAACACUGCACGUUCGAAUAUAAUCGAGUACAUGAUACACGUGAAAAAGUGUCAAACUAUGACUAAGAUUAUGUACGGAGAACCCAUGCUGGAGAGUUCCUGUAGGUUUAAAUUUUUGAAAGCCGUUUUAUCUCGAACAACGCCCGAAUUCAGUCGGAGAUAUUUGCAACACGCCGGACCAUAUUUAUCAUUGAAUCAUCCGGAUGUGUUUAGUUCACUGAUGGAUCAUUGUUUCAACGAAACUGACAGUGUGACAUUCAAGGAAAAUAUACUCAUUCAAGAAAUGGAGUCGAAUCGACCAGCUGGAAUUAUGCACCGUUUUCGAGAUCUAGUGUACUCGAAUCGCGAAGAAUUUAACAAAUUCCUCGAGUUAUUCACUUUGAAACCAAAGUUACAGACACGUUUCAAGGAGUGUUUGUUACAAUCUAACUUAUUAAUCACCAAAGUACUGUGGAACGCUGAAAAUUGGCAAAAAUUGUCUCAAUUUAUAGACGAUUUGUAUCCGAACCGAGAUGUAGCUCGGUAUCAAAAGAGGAAAGUUGUUUUUACUUUUUCGCGCACUCACUGCAGUUAUCACGAUUGUUACCGGCCAAAUGGUGAUGAGAAGUUUACCGAGAUUGAUAAUAUCUUAACUCAAGUUCUUACCCCUCGCGAAGUAAUCACCGCCAAAGAAAAUAUAGGCGAUAGGUUUCUAAAAACCUGUCAAUCUGGAGGGGUAAGAUCUUUGAAAAGAAUGAAUCUGCAGCGAUUUGCUACGUGGUGUUAUUGCGGAGAUGAAAACAACAUAAAGCGAUUCAGACGUUCGCUUCCGAUUGAUAAAUUAUUUCGUUAUCUUUUGAGCCAAGUAGUUAAUCGGUACGUUAAUGGCAGGGAUGCGAGGUUAUCGUUUUCUUCAUUAGACGAACUCAUACGUUGGAAAUUUUCAUCGAGUAGAAGCGAAAUGAAAAACUUCAAGUCGCGUGAAAUAUAUGGAAUCAUGAAAGAACAGGUAGAAGAAGAUUUUAAAUGGAAAACGUACAAAUAUCCGGCUAUCGUGAAGAAAGUUAUCGAAUGGGUUUUCGAUGGCGAUAGGCGUCAGAUUCGAGAAUUUGAGCAACGUUACUCAAAAAGCGAUAGGAUGAAGAUUAUUCAUUGGAUGUAUUUGUCAGAAGAGACCACCGACUGCGCAGAGUACUAUUACCAUACCAGUGAUGAAUCAGAUAGUGGAAGGCGCACUCGGCGCAAUUCCCAUGGACCGCCGAUGUGUUUCAUGGAUUUGAUGAUGAAAACUAUAGAGCGGGCAAAUAGCGGUUUUAAAAAGGAAAAAAUUGGCACAUCAAUUUUUUCUUCGGGAAUGUGUUCGGAUGGACCCUCUGAACCACCAAAAAAAAGCCGACUCUCCUAUCCCUGGAGGAAAAUUUUUUAGGGGGCUGAAACCGGUUCCGAUUCGCGUUUUUUGCGUUUUACUCCGUAAAUAUUAGGUUUUUGAGAAAAACUACCAUGACGAAAAAGGUUUCCCUUUAAAUUAUCGACAAUUUGAUGCUAUGCUCGAUACCCAUUGCUCAAGGGGGGUGUCCAAAAAAAGGGGUGGAAAGAGUAGGUGUUUCAAAAAAGGUCAGUCCAAUAAAUUAAUCAAAAUUACCACUUAA